AACUUGUACUCACUGCUCACCUUGCAGCAGGAGGCGACCAUGUCUGACAUCAACGCCACCGAUUUGAGUUCCCUGCUGCUGUCCUGGUUGCAUCAAUGCCUCAACAGAACCACUGCGCAAUCUCCGCAGAGCCACGCCAACACGUCCGCCACAUUCCAAGGAGUCUUCUACAUCCUGCUGGUGUUUGGCAUGUUCAGCUUCUUCUCCUUCGCGGUCAUGUUUCGUUUCAUCCGCUCCAGGAAACUGGAGGGCUCCCAGGACCCGUACCAGGAGUACAUAGCCCAAGACUGGAGCCGGAAGCGAACGCCGUCUACGGCCGCCGCGGCUCGGGUGUCAUCGUCGGUGGUCAUCUGUAACCCGGCGACAGAGGUGGAAAAUCAGCAGUGAACCGCGCUCACAAUAAAAAUAAAAAAUAAAAAAAAGAAUUAUG